UUCUGGAGUGCGGAAGAAAGAUCUGGAAGGUUCUGGAGGUGGAGCCGCAUCUAUACAAGGGACUGGCUGUCACGGAGUCUGCUUAGCAGUGUCUUUACGAGCGCCCUAUACAGGUGUCUGGUUACACCCCUAACUGGAAAGGUCAACAAGAAGCAUGGGCAAAGAUUACUACAAGAUCCUUGGGUUGUCCAAGGGGGCGUCAGAGGAAGACAUCAAGAAGGCGUACAGGAAACAAGCCCUGAAAUAUCACCCGGAUAAAAACAAGGAUCCUGGGGCGGAGGAGCGCUUCAAAGAGAUUGCUGAGGCUUACGAUGUGCUGAGCGACCCCAAGAAGAGGGAGAUAUUCGACAAGUACGGCGAGGAGGGUACGUGCCAUGUGUAUGCGUGGGCAUCCUACGAUGUCCGGCGCAGGCGAUGGAGUCGGUGGGGGCGUUUCUCCUCCACAGUUUAA